GGUUGGACGAUACACGCUGAGGAUAUAGCUCAUUCUCCCGCUUCGAAUCCUCUUCUCACCGAGAUCGCAAGGUACCAAUAACGCAUGGAAGCCUAGGUAGAUCGGUCCAGGCAAAGACACAAUCUAAAAGAUGCCGCCGAAAGCAGAUUGGGAAAAGUACAAGGCUCCGGACAAGGACGCCGGCAAGGAUGAUGAACCCAUCGUCGCCUUGGACGAGGGCGAUAUCCAGCUGCUGAAGACAUACGGUCAAGGGCCGUACGCGCGGGCGCUCAAGUCGAUCGAGAACGAGAUCAAAGAGGUGCAGAAGCGCGUCAACGAAAAGAUGGGCGUUAAGGAGUCCGACACGGGUCUGGCGCCGCCGAACCUUUGGGAUAUUCCCGCAGACAAGCAACGCAUGAGCGAGGAGCAACCCCUGCAGGUGGCGAGAUGCACGAAAAUCAUCAAGGCUGGAGGCGAGCAGAAAGAUAGCAACAGCGCGGCUGCUGCCGCUGGCGGAGGUGCAAAUGGCAGUGCAGGCGGCGCAGGGUCAGAAGGGCUAGCGAGAGCGUUGGGCGGCCUUGGUGGGCUCGGUGCAGGGUUAGGCGGUGCAGGGCCACCAAACGCAGAGGAGGAGGACAAGUACGUUAUCAACGUCAAGCAGAUCGCCAAGUUUGUCGUCGGGUUAGGAGAACGGGUGGCACCAACAGACGUCGAAGAGGGCAUGCGUGUGGGCGUUGACCGCAACAAAUACCAGAUCCAGAUCCCGCUGCCGCCGAAGAUUGACCCGAGCGUCACCAUGAUGCAGGUCGAGGAGAAGCCAGAUGUUACGUACGGAGAUGUUGGAGGUUGCAAAGAGCAGAUCGAGAAGCUGCGAGAAGUUGUCGAAACGCCGCUGCUAAACCCCGAAAAAUUUGUCAAUCUUGGUAUCGAUCCGCCCAAGGGUGUCCUGCUCUUCGGCCCGCCAGGCACCGGAAAGACGCUGUGCGCACGUGCCGUUGCCAACCGAACGGACGCGACCUUCAUCCGCGUCAUCGGCUCAGAACUGGUGCAAAAGUACGUUGGAGAAGGCGCGCGAAUGGUGCGGGAGCUGUUCGAGAUGGCGAGGUCGAAGAAGGCUUGCAUUAUCUUCUUUGAUGAGGUCGACGCCAUCGGAGGCGCGCGUUUCGAUGACGGCGCCGGUGGAGACAAUGAGGUGCAGCGGACGAUGUUGGAGCUCAUCAAUCAACUCGAUGGCUUCGAUCCACGUGGCAACAUCAAAGUCCUGAUGGCAACCAAUAGGCCCGACACGCUGGACCCGGCGCUCCUGCGUCCCGGUCGUCUCGAUCGUAAAGUCGAGUUCGGCCUGCCCGACAACGAAGGCCGCGCGCACAUCCUGCGCAUCCACGCACGCAGCAUGAGCGUCGAGCGCAACAUCCGCUUCGACCUCAUCGCGCGCCUGUGCCCCAACACGACCGGUGCCGAGCUGAAGAGCGUCGCGACCGAAGCGGGCAUGUUUGCUAUUCGCGCCCGGCGCAAGCUGGCGACCGAAAGAGACUUCCUCGAUGCGGUCGAGAAGGUCAUUAGGCAAGGCCAGAAGUUCUCUAGUACCGCUUUGUAUUCUCAGUACAACUAAAAACGGAAGAGUGAGAUUCCGC